GUCCUUUCCCAUGAUGUUGAGAAUACUUGUUGUAGUAAUAAUCAGUCUGGCUGUUACGGACGCUUACGUGUCCAAUAGCAGAAGAAUGGCUGCAUUAAGUAAACUAAAGGCUGCCAACGGUGAUACCAAGGAUAUUUCAAUCGACGAAAACCUAGUAUCACUUAUCUCUAGACUGAUGCAAAAAAGAGCUGAUGUUAAAAAGGCACACCCAACAAAACGCGAGAGUAACAAUGGUUCAGAAACGGAAAUUGAGCAGGCCAGUGAAGUAGAAACAAACGCUAUGGAGCAGCUUAAAGGAAAAAACUUCGGAUCAUUCCAUGGUCUCGCGGAUGCUAUCGAAGAUGUUUUGAACAUUCAGGCCUUGAUGAUUGAAUUUGGAAUAAACAACUUCAUUUUUCAAACUUUCCUUGGGACGGAGGAGGGAAAGUUCAAUCUGACUGCAGAAAUAGGACAUGCCCUAGAGACGGCCAAGAAACUCCAGACUUUACAAUCAGACCACUUUGAAGCAGAUCUGAAUGGAAAUCCAGAAUUGGACCAACUAGAACAAUAUCAAGUUGGCAAGUAAAGCGACACACAUUAGACAACCACCAACGGAUGCUUAAGACGAUUCACCGACAACAUGGACAACUUAUAUAUUAUAAUUAAUCAAAUAUGUUUAUUUCCUCUUAUAAAGUAAAGCCUAACAUCAAAAAUCAUUAUGGACGCCAGUUUCACCUGAUGGUCAGCAGUUUGACAUCUGAUAUCAGAAAGGAGUAUAGCAUGACUCAGUGUCAUAUCUAUAAGGAGAGUUAAGCUUGAUGGAUUCACUUCUUAUCGUCAUGUAAAGUAAUGCGUUCAAGGAUUUGAAUAAACUUUUUUCAUUAUGCACAUGCUAACCUUGUUUUGCCACCGACAACUGGAUUAAUUCAACCCUACAUUUCACAAUAACUUUUGGCCUAACAUUAGUUAUCAGCUUUCUGUAGUUCUUUGAAUAAAUAAUUUCUUGCAAGAAAA